AACGAUAAAGUACGAACGAAUUGAUUUGUACUAAAAUUUAUUUCGACAUUUCGGAAGAAGAAUGUCGAGAUUUAAUAACGAGAACGAAGAGCGACCGAGAAUUGUCUCUGGAGAUAUCCGUUUUACCGGAUUAAACACCUAUCUCCGUCAUGAUGACAGAUUCCAACGUAUGACGAUCGCUUAUUCGAUGCCGGAAACGGUUCAGUCUGAAAUUGAUCAAUUGGAGAGCGCGAAUAAUUUUAGCGAGGACGAAAAACAGCAAAUUAUAGAAGAGAUGCUGUUGAACGAAACCAACUGCCACGGAUACUUUUUCGAACAGAUGCCAAGUAUGUGUUACAGGGAAUUAUGUCUUGAAAUGUACGACGAAAACUUGGAUACAUUUAUUCGUUCGGAAGCGAUUCAGAACGACUUUCAGUGGACUCUCCUACAAGAUUUGUGUAUCCAGCUAGUCGAUUCCAUAACUUGGUUGCAUCAAAAUAACAUAUAUUACGAUGGAAGACUUCACCCUCGAAAUAUUUUCGUCAAGAAAACUCUCCUUGAUGGCCGAACAGCAACAAUAAAGCUAGUAGUACCUCGCAAAAUCAAUGCAUUCAAUAACUUGGAUAAAUUCUAUUCAAGUUUUUGGAGCAUAACACGGUUUACGCCCAACCACCAAGACCAAGAGGUCGACACACAGCAAUACCGAAUUAAGAGAGAUAUGUCCUCUCUUGUCUUCUUGAUAUAUUUCAUCCAAUCAGCUGGUUAUCACUUAUUUCAAGUUUUCGAGAAAAGACAAGAUGAAGCAGAACAUCCUGACUGGCCCGAAAAUAAAAAUGAAGACACUUACAUUACUUUGAUAGGAAAUAUUGAAAGUAGGAGAAAUGACGUCAGAGGAUUGGAACAGCCUUGUUUUUGCGCAGGCUUAUUAGAAAAUCCUGACGCUGCUUGUGAAAAUGAAAUGACAUGUAAACAACGCUCUUGGAUCAAUUCUUUAGCCAAAGACUGGAUCAACUGCAUCUUAGGUGAACUUGUCAAAGGAGAGACUGUUUAUUAUACAACUUCUUCUUUCACAUUGAAAAAGCAUCCGUUUUUCUGGAAAGUUCGAGAAAUUCUAAAUUUUAUAGAAAGAUCCUCCAACUAUUUAAAAGAGUCGGGAGUACCAUCAGAUGCCCUAUUGGAUUCUCUGGAAACUACUCUUAUAGAUCUAAAAAUAUUUUAUCCUAACAUCGUAGAGUAUUUGCAUGAGGCUGAUCCGAAAUUCAACAAAAAAAAAGCUUUGCAUAUUCAGGAUUUCAGAACUCUUCUGUAUCAGAUACGCAAUAAGAGCUCACACUGGAAUGAGCACAGAUCUACUUUCAAACAAGAUGCCAUUGCAGAACUAAAGGCAAUCAAGUUUGUAGCACCACCGGACAACGAAAUGAAUAUCUUCCCUGAUAAAUACUGCUUGUUCUGGAUGUGUAACUUCCCCACACUUCUCUUGGAAACUUGGAACAAUUUGAAAGACCUUGUAAAUCAUUAAUCAAUAGUGUGUUCAGCGUAUUUCAGCAUCGACUCUUGAGUUCUGUUUGAAAUUAUUCACACGAAAUUUGUCUUACUAAAAU